AUGUCUUCCCGAAAUGAAGCCACCCUCCCUGCGACGCGACCGAAAUCGCGAAAGUCACUGGCGCAUAUCUCUUCCUCGAAAGCAAUGGACCAAGAGAAUAUGACGGCGGACCUGGGAGCGUUGUCGAGUGGGAAGAAGGCUGUGCCAAUUGAGAAGGCCUCGAAGAAAUCAAGAAGCAAGAGCAUAGGACCAGGUGGAUUGGAUGCGCUCAAGGAUACAACCGGCAAUAGACGCAAGUCUCUUGCUGUAAUUCCUCAUGCUCCUCCUAGAUCCAUAUUGAAGCCUACGAUGCCACCUCUCCCAGAGAUUCCAGCGCAUAGAUCUACCCGCAAAGGAAGCCCUAAGAAAGCUACCCCGCCAUCCGCGCAAAAGUCGGACAACUUGAUCGACUUCGACGUGGGCCCCAGCGCGACUAUCAGUGGUACCAAUAACCUACCGAAUCCUUUCCAGGUGGGAGAAAGUGCUGCUAUCAGUGAAACACGCGUGACGUUGCGGACUGAGGAGGAACAGCAGACCGCGGCCAGAGAGCGCGAAGAGAAGGAGAGGAAGGACCUGGAAAAGGAAGUCGUGUCACGACGAGAUGCGCGAAGGAAAUCUCUCGCGAAUCGUCGAGUAUCAUUUGCGCCCGAAGCUACACUACAUACAUGGGAUGUCGUAGUCGAAUAUCAAGACUCUACAACCUCUUCAAAUUCUACAAGUUCGACUCGGCGAGCUUCAUCUGCAUCUGGAGAAUCGCCACACCCACAGACACCGGGUCAUACAAGUUCAGACCCUUCGGAACCGCCAUCGACCCCGCCGGAACAAGUGGAAGAAGAAGAUACAGUCAAAGCGAGUCCCGCCCAUCAACGUGACCUACAUCAAAAGAAGCGUCGCAGAAGUUCUGGCAUACCUCCUAUGAAUUUUAACAACCCAGAUGAAGCAUUCUCAUCGAGUCCGCUAAGUGACGCGGACUCAUUGGACGACGUUGAUGAAGUUGUUGAAGAUGAGCUUAUUUCCAACUCGGAUGAGUCUGAUGUGGAUGCAGAUGGGACGGCCAUGAGUAUGGAUGGAGGAGAAACUACCGACAUGUCUAUGGCAUCGAUCAAAUCUGCGUCAAGUGCCGGCUCCAGCUCUCGAUUAGAUGAAGCCUUAAGACUGGCUGCCCGUCAAGCGGGCACCCAAGGCAUUGACUUUGACGAAAAUGGAGAUGAAUUGGAAGGAGAAGAUGUCGUUGCAUCCUUCGCUCCUUGGACGAAACCUGCAGUGAAUCUUGAGGCUCAACAGGACCAAGAGAAUGUCAAUCCAUUCUCCCCAGCCUUCAAGGUGGGUGCUCAGCAACAGGACGAGGAGUCAGAUGGCGAGGAUAUGACGAUGGAUAUGACCCGACCUAUGGGCGGUAUCAUGUCAGCACAGCAGCCAGAUGAAGAUGAGAUGUCAAUGGAUGUCACUCGAGCGUUUGGGAGUAUCAUACAGAACGAGGCUCCAAAGCCCACGAAUCGUCGCCAAUCUGUAGCUGCCAAUCGUCGUCAAAGCACACGUCGAAAGUCAGCUGGAGAGGAUUCGAAUGGUGACGAAACAAUGGAUCUGACAAUGGCUGUCGGCGGUAUUCAACCAGCUCAGGCAAAGAUUGGAUCUUCUGAUGACGAAGACAUGACCAUGGAGUUCACCUCAGUUGUUGGCGGUGUGUUGCCGCAAGCAAAUCCCCCGCGGACUCGAAACAGAGCUUCUUUAGCAGCUCAACCACGAGGCCAGAAGAAGAAAAGCCGAGAGAGCUUGGACUCUAAUAUGGGCGAUGAUACGAUGGACAUGACUGCUGCCAUUGGUGGUAUCAUGCCAUCCAUUGGGGAAUCUGCACCCGAAGAUCAGGAUGCUACUAUGGGUAUGGACAUGACAACGGCUCUUGGUGGUAUUUUGCAGGCCCAACGAAGCACCGGAAGCCGCUCCCACGCUAAGAAGGUCAUGGAAUUGGAGACCGAUCUGGGAAGUUCCCCAUUCCAGGCUGAAGUCAUUGCCAAUUCUCAUCCUUCCCCGAGAGCCCCUGCAGCUGCUCCUAUACAUACUGUUGCAUCGGAAACAGGUAGUCCAAGUCUUUCUGGGUUUCGCGGGAAAGGACUUCGCCGCAGCACAGAAGCAAGACAUUCGACAACCCCGAAAUCGAAGCUAGGUAGUGAUAGCACCCCAAUCAAAAAGCUGGGAACCCCAUCCAAACAACUCACCCCACAAAGAGUACGUCCAACCACACCGAGCAAAACCCCCCCUUCCAAAAACGUCACUAUCCGCUCCGCAUCUCCCAAAAAACUUUUUAAGGAUGAAAUACAAGCUGCCUCUUCGACUCCUCAGUCUGCCAAGGGAUCCGUGAAAGGCAGAAAAACAACAACUCCUAGCAGAUUAUUCAAGGAGGACAAGACUGGAGUUGCUACCCCCAAGUUUAUUUUGACACCUCAACAUAGGCGAACCUCGGGUGUUGGACUUGAUCGUGAAGGGCUUGGCUCCCCUCGAAUAGCUGCCCUGUUGGAUCGACGAACUUCAAUUGGUGACCAAGCAAAAUCUUUUGUUCCAGGUCAAUUUGAUGUUGCUCGUGGAGUACGCUUCGAUGACCUUCAGGUCAUGGAGGAAGCAAUCGACAGAGAGCGAGAGCAGGACGAAGAUCGCGAGAGUGGACGUAGUAUACUCGAGCGGGAGGCGGAUCAAGAAGAAAAAGACGCUACUCUAAAUCUUAAGGAGAUGAUACAAAGCCUGACGCCCAAGAAGAAGAAUCCAUUGAAGGGUCGUAAGAGCUUGCAUGUUGGCGCUGCUAAAGGAAUUCUCGGCAAGCGACCUGCCGAACUGGACGAUGAUGAUGAGGACGAAGACGAUGGCGGCGUGAAGCGUCUAAAGAACCACCAGGGCAGUCCAGUAAAGAAUGUUAAGCUUCGAGGACCUCCCUCAAAAGCAGAAACCACCGGACGCAUGACUCGUGCAGCUCGGAAAAGCCUCGAAGAUGCUACAACUACCCCGUCGACAUUUUCGCCGACUAAAGCCAAAGUCACUACACCUCGUGCACAAGGGCGAUUCAAAGAUGCAGAAGCUGAUGCGCCUGCUCAAGUUGGACCAUUGGCAGAAAAGGAACCGGUUGAGAAUCCUCAGAUUGGCGAGGAGAGCUUCGACGAUGAUCGCAUUCAGUUGCAAGAGUUCUUGAACCUGACAAGCAUUCGAUUCAUGGAAUUAACAACCACGAAACGAAGGCAUACAAUCGCACCGAAACCUACCACUGAUUCACGAGAUCAAAAAGACGAGAUUGUGGUUCUUGAAUAUUGUGUGGCGGCUGGAGCUGCAACCAUUCCAAUGCUAGAGUUGUUUCAACACGCUUGCCAUGAGCUCAAAAGCUACAUCUCGGAGGGUCGAAAGACGGUGCGCGAAAUCGAGACAGAAACCUUUGAGGAGAACCCUCCCUUGUUCCGCGAGUAUAUUUCUGCUACUCCCGACAUGAAACUUGUUAUGGAUAAUCAAUUGAAGAAUGUCAAGACCCAUGCAAGACUCCUGAGCAAGGGAAUGUGGUAUGAUUGGAGAAUGACUCUCCUUGGCACCUUAAAGGAAGGUCUUUUUAAGACUGGGGAGGGCAUGAUCAAGGACGAGGAAAUGCUGGACCAUCAACAAGCUUUACUCGAUACUGUUCUCCCAAAGCUGAUCAAAAAGGCAGAGGUGCUUCAGACCCAAGAGGCCGACCUUCAAGCUGUUGCGGAAGAGCUCGCCAAUUGCGAUCCUGAAGAACUCAGCAACGCUCGUCAAGAACUUAUCUCUAUCAACGCUGAAGUUGAAGAGAAGAAGCGCCUUAUUGCCGAUUUACGCAAGCAGCUGCAAGGGAAAGAAGUCGAGAUCGAAUCGGGUGUUGAAAAGAAACAAGCCUGGCUUGAGGAAAUCCGAGAAGCAGAAAAGAUCCGGGAAGAAUGCAGAGGCUGGACCUCCACCGAAAUCAGCGCUCUCAAAGGCAAAGUCGAUGCAAUCGAAAAAGAGCACGGUUGGACCAUAACCGGCGUCUCCGGCACUACAACCUCGAUGACAUACAAAAAGGACAUCGAGCUUGUCUUUGACGCCGCUUCCUUCCUGCCCUUCCAUACCAAAAGUACAGCAGCGCAGCCCUCAAACUCUAGGAUCGAUCUUUGGUACAUAGGCAACAACAGAUCUCUGGACCCCCAACCCCUAACGCCGACCAAAGAAUUCUUUCUCCAAAGCAUCCGUGACCACAUCCGCGGGCUUCCACAAUCCCGCACUGCCGUCAAAACCCUGCUUUCGGCCGUUAGCAACAGCUGGAACAUCACUCUCGCCGUAACUUCUGAUAUCCGCCUACUACGCGUUGAUUGUCCUACCGACAUCGAAAAGACUGCAGAUGAUAGCAUUGUCGUAAAAUCUACGCUAUUGAUCAAUGCAUUAACUACAAAAGUUGAGAUUCAGAUAGGGCUGAGAACUAGUGCUGGGGAAGAAGGUAUCGAAGUCGCUGUUACGUAUGCAGCGAGGGUUGUCUAUGGGGAGAGGUUUAACGAGCCGAAGAUGGGGGCCUUUCUACUGGAUAGAUGUGGCGAUGCUCUGGGAGAAGAGGGGAUGGGGUGGGGUGAUGCAGUGGGGGAGUUGGGUGAGAAAUUGCUUGCUAGGGGCAGGAAGUGA